UGCAGUGCAACAGCAUCUCCGCAUUUGACACCUCAAGCCGGACUGCUUUUCAAAGAGGAGCCCGUCACAUUAUACUUUCACCAUGGGUAAAGUUGAAGGCGGGAUGAAAUGUGUGAAAUAUCUCCUCUUCGUGUUCAACUUUAUAUUCUGGUUGAUUGGCUCGCUGGUUCUGGCUGUGGGGCUCUGGCUGAGACUAGACCCAAAAACCGUGUCUCUUUUAGAAGGAGGACCUGAGACCUUCUUUAUCGGGGUCUAUAUCCUCAUCGCGGCUGGGGGUCUGGUGAUGCUGGUGGGCUUCUUCGGCUGCUGUGGUGCCGUGAGGGAGUCUCAGUGCCUUCUGGGAUUGUUUUUCACCUGUCUUCUGGUCAUCUUUGGAGCAGAAGUUGCUGCAGGAGUGUUUGGGUUCCUCAACAAAGACAAGAUCAUUAAGGAAAUACAAGAUUUCUAUGACAAAUCAGCAGAAAACCGCAAAAAUGCAACCGUCCACUCUUACCAUGUCAAAGAAGAGUAA